GCACAUACACUAGUCGCCCUCCUCUCGCAUACGCACAAGCUCAUGCGCGAGUGCACCAAGACGCACACACUGGUGGCACAGCCACACCCGGCUCCACGCGCUUCGGUGUGCAUACGUUGUCUGAGGAUGGGUUGGAUUUGUCGGAUUUGUCGGAAUCGUCGUACGAGAAUGAGACACACGCGGCUGUGUCGCGGUCUAAGUCAGCUGUUCAAACGACACGGUCGGGAAUCUAUUGCAGUGGCGGAUUCGUGAGCAGUAAGACAGCGAGCCGACCGCAGGCAAUCCCGUGUUCUAAAAAUAGAUCCAGUUAUAUUAAUAGCUACGAUUCUGCAUUCAUCUCUCCGUCUCCGAGCAAGGAAGGAUACUAUUCCUCACGGCCACCUGUACGUUUGCGACCCCCAACAGGCUCUCCGGGGGGGUCUUUCGACCUACACUACCAAUACGCUGUACCCACGCCAAAGGAACGUGAAAGCUCGACACUAGGAAAAUCCAUUCCAUCUCUACUAUCACAACAACACCUUGCCACCGGUUUAUCAGAGUCUUGUGGCGCGAACAACCCAAAGCCCGCGGGUGCAAGUGGCAGUGAACCCGAAUUGCGAAGUUUACUCAACCCAAAUCCGGACAGUUGCCAAAAACACAAACAUCGGGAAUCUCAGAAUCGGGAAUCUCCCCGUGGGAGAGCGGAGAGUUUGUCGACGAGCUUGCACGGGUUGAGCACAGGUAGAAGUGAGAGCACGAGGGGCCGAUCUCGCACUCCUACUGGGUCUCAAGAUCUCAGAGUCGCUCCGUGCGGUUCCAAAAAUAGCCCGGAGCUGGCUAAAAAUAGAACAACCUCUCAGAACAGAGGCCGGCAUGCCAACACAUCUCCACACGCGAGUAAGAAUUCUCUCAGUGCAGUAGAUAGCGGCGGUAGCAGCAAAAUGGGCACUGGUGGACUUUUAUCGAGCGCCCUACUCGGCCUCUCCCUGGUGCCCGAUGGGAGAAACAGGACUAUAAACAAGGACCGGCGCGCGAGCGUGUGCGUGCCAAUGCCAGCUCGGAGUAGCUUGGGUGUGGGCGGGGUUGUGUCUAGUACGUCUCUGGCCAUCAUGAGGUGCCGGAGUGCGGAUAUACCACUGCCCUUUUCCACUACUACCGACACUACAGACACCACCCACUCGCUGCGUGGGCCAGAGAACAUUAGUCACCACAGCCAACGCCGGGGGAGUGCGAGUGCGAGGGGGUCCAGCACACCCGACGUACACUCUACCCGGGUGGGGUGUGCUACAAGCUUGCCGUCGGGCUUGGCGGGAAAAGGUACUGCAGCACGGUCUAGUGUAGCGGGGACUAGUACGGGAACGCGGGCGUCCUGGGUGGGUAGUGCUCCUGGGGUGUCGACUGGGUUCGUCAGGACUAGUAGUGAAGGACGGUCGAGCGUGGUGAGGAGUGCUGGUGUUGUGUCGUCUGGGUUGGCCAGGUCAAUUAGUGGCGGCCGGUCCGGUUUAGCUGGACGAGAUGACGGAGGUGCGGGUGUGAAUGGGAACCCCAGCCACGCCAAGGCAGGCUUAUUUAACCCGCCUGUUGGGAAUAAAGAUGCCAGUAUACAGAACACGGUAGGUCUGAGUGGUGUGGGCGCAUCCGAGACGCCAGCUACAGCCGAGGGUCAGGCAGUGAAUAUAGGCCCUACGGAUGAGGACUCUAUCGAGGAGAUACGGUGUAGGGCCAAUCGGCACGAGACUAUGGGUACGAGCUCGCAAGGACAUCAGAGCUUGGCCACGUAUUUGAGUGAAGAUACGAAGACAGGUCGUGGGCUGGGCCAGACGUAUUCGCUCAUGUCCUUUGGAGAUGAUAGAGAAACCUGCCUACCACGCCGCCGUAGCAGCUGCGUACAUGUGAGUAGGACCAACAGUGAGGUGGCAACUAUGACUGCUUUAGACGCAGACCGAAUUGGGCUACAGAGAAGACAUAGUAUUGAGACGCACACACACCCCAAUGGGGGCGUCAGCCGUAUGUAUGAGAUGCUGGAUGGAUGUGAUAUGGAUUUCAUGGGUGAUGCAGAAGAUGUGGCCUGGAAUGUCGUGCUUGACGACGUCGAGAUGCACACAGAGUCUUCAACUAAUAACAACGAGCCAUCCAUGGGUCCUGAUGAGAGGGAUACUCCCGAUGACGUGGGUAA